AAAAACAAGCCAAUCAUAUUGUCUCACCGUAUGCCCCUAUAAUGAUUCUUCCUACUUUACUUGAGUUCAUAUUCCUUGUCAUCAGAUGUUAGUUUCUCUUGGUUACUGUGACAUGCAGACAUGCUUCCUGGUUUACGGCAAGGGCAAGAGAAGAUUUCAAAAAGUGAUCCAUCGUCUUCCAUCUUUAUGGAGGAUGAAGAGGUAUUAUACUGUGCUACACAAAGGGAAUGUCAAGGAGUCAUUUUUUUUGCAGUCUUUGUUAAUGAAUACUGAAUUCAGUGUUGAACUGGCCUGUAACUAAAAGCCUCAUUUGGAAUUUGACUUAUUUUUAGUUUUUGGUGCAUGUUCAUUAUAUAAAAGUAUUGUAACAUGUAAUUAUUGUGGCAGGCUGAAGUAAAUUUGAAGAUAAAGGCGACAUAUUGCCCUUCGAUGGUAGUUGAAGGGAACCCAUGCCUGAAAUACCUUAAAUACAUUAUCUUCCCAUGGUUUCAUGAAUUCAAAGUUGAACGUGGCCCUGACAAUGGUGGUGAAAAGACCUUCAACAAUAUUGAAGAACUAGUUGCAGACUAUGAAAGUGGGCAAUUGCAUCCUGGUGAUUUGAAACCUGCUCUAUCAAAAGCAUUAAAUAAGAUAUUGCAGCCUGUACGUGAUCAUUUCAAGAAUGAUCCUGCUGCUAAGGAGCUAUUGAAAAAGGUAAAGGUAUGUGUGUGUUCUGUAUCUUUGCCUUGUUUAGUCCCCCAAAUGUUUUUUUUUUCUUUAUAAAUUUUUAAUGAAUUGUAAGGUUCAUUUUUCA